AUGGCGAAAGCUAAGGCAGCUAUGGCUACGCAGUUUAAGCGACCGAAUGCCAAGACGCAGAAGCGCAAAGCACAAAGUACAGUAGAGAUUGUGCGUCCGUGGACGACACCGCAAUUUAAAGAGCUGACUAAAGAGGACCGUGAUAUCGUACUGGAUCGAUUGCAGAAAGAGGUGAUUGAUGUGCCGGCUACGCGCAUUCAUGCGGUACGAGGCGUAAAUCAGGUGGCACGAGCUGUCGCGAGACGUGAAGUUAAAGUAGUGGUCUUUGCAAACAAUCCUGAGUCGCUGGCUUUUGGCCAUCUGCCGUUGCUCUGUAGACUACACCAAGUACCCAUAUGCGUUCUGCACUUGUCGUCCAAAGCGUUUGGCAGAUUAUUUAAGCUUAAAAGCAUGGUAGCUGUCGGUAUUCGAGCACCGAUGUUGACACAUGAUAAAGCUCAGAACAUGAUCGAGGAGGUUGGAACGAGUAAGGAAUUAACAGUAUUGACAGAAGAUGAGCAGAAGAAGCUUGCAAGUAUAACACAAUUCUUGAUUUCAAAGGCGAGUAAGCAGACAACGUAA